GGAACAUUGAUGACGGAAGUUUGACGUUAUCACUAUUAUUACUCUGACAGUCGUCACGAGCUGACUUUUCAGAAGUCCAGAAGCCACAAAGACGAGAAGAUAAACAGGAGAAAGAGACGGAGAUACAGACUGGAGAAGAUGAGUGAUUUGAAGGAAGAGGAGGACAGAUCCAUGAAGAGCGUCAGACCUUCAGACUCCAGUGAUGAACCUGAAUCCUCAGACACAAAAGCGAGGAAGAGGAGUCAUGUUUCUGUGGAGGAGCAGAAACGGGACGUCCUGAAGGAUCCAGUCUCUACCAGCUGUGGACACUGGUUCUGCAGACAGCGCUUCACCGACCACUCCGGUUCACCGGGAGACUCCUCCUGUCCCCGGUGUGGAGACAGAUCCAGAACGAGAGCUGGACCGCAGACGGCCAGUCAGACCUGCUGUGUGCAAACAGAUAGUGAUCUUCAGGAGGUUUCAGAUGAACAUAAGAUCAGUCUGAGGAGGAGAUGUGAAUGUGUGACUGAAGGAAGUGAUGAACCAGGAAGUGGAACCCUCCUCAACAGGAUCUACACUGAGCUCUACAUCACAGAGGGACAGAGUGAAGAGGUUAAUACCCAACAUGAGGUUUGGCAGCUAGAGACAACCUCCAAGAAGGAGACCCUCCAUGAGACUCCAAUCAAGUGCCAGGACAUCUUUAAAGCCUUACCUGACCAGCAGAGACACAUCAGAGUCGUUCUGACGAACGGCGUCGCUGGCGUUGGAAAAACCUUCUCAGUGCAGAAGUUCAGUCUGGACUGGGCAGAGGGCUUGGAAAACCAAGACGUCAGCCUGGUGAUUCUGCUUUCGUUCAGGGAGCUGAACUUGAUCAGAGAUGAGCAGUACAGUCUUCUGACGCUGCUCCGUGUUUUCCAUCCAACAUUACAGAAGGUGACAGCAGAGAAGCUCGCUGUCUGUAAGCUUUUGUUCAUCUUUGACGGCCUGGAUGAAAGCAGACUUUCACUGGAUUUCCACAACAAUGAGGUUUUGUCUGAUGUCUCACAGAAGUCAUCAGUCAACGUGCUGUUGACAAACCUCAUCAAGGGGAAUCUGCUUCCCUCGGCUCUCGUCUGGAUAACUUCCAGACCCGCGGCGGCCAAUCAGAUCCCUCCUGCAUGUGUUGACAGGGUAACAGAAGUACGAGGCUUCACUGAUGCCCAGAAGGAGGAGUACUUCAGGAGGAGAUUCAGUGAUGAAGAUCUGUCCAGCAGAAUCAUCUCACACAUCAAGACGUUCAGGAUCCUCCACAUCAUGUGUCAAAUCCCAGUCUUCUGCUGGAUCACUGCUACAGUUCUGGACCACAUGUUGACUACAGACCAGAGAGGAGAGCUGCCCAAGACCCUGACUGACAUGUACUCCCACUUCCUGCUGGUUCAGACAAAGAGGAAGACGCAGAAGUAUGAUGAGGGACAUGAGACGAGUCCACAGGAGCUGAUGGAGGCUGACAGGAAAGUCCUUCUGAAGCUGGGGAGGCUGGCGUUUGAACAUCUGGAGAAAGGAAACAUCAUGUUCUACCAAGAAGACCUGGAGCAGUGUGGUCUUGAUGUCACUAAGGCCUCUGUGUACUCUGGAGUUUGUACAGAGAUCUUCAAAAGAGAGUGUGUGAUCUUCCAGAAAACAGUUUACUGCUUUGUUCAUCUGAGCAUUCAGGAGUUUCUGGCUGCAGUCUACAUGUUCCACUGUUACACCAGCAGGAACACAAAGGUACUGAAGGCCUUCCUGGGAAAAGGAAAAUACAGAAACUGUUCCUCAUGUCAGGAUGUCUUCCUGAGGAGGGUCAUGACGAAAUCCCUUGAAAGUAAAAAUGGCCACCUGGACCUGUUUGUUCGCUUCCUUCAUGGCCUUCUUCUGAAGUCCAGCCAGAGACUCUUAGGAGGCCUGCUGGGUGAGACAGACAACGUUCCAGAGAUCAUCCAGAGUGUCAUCAACAACUUGAAGAACAUGAACACCAAAAAAAUGUCUCCUGACAGAUGCAUCAACAUCUUCCACUGUCUGAUGGAGAUGAACGAUCACUCAGUACAUCAGGAGAUCCAAGAGUUCCUGAAGUCAGAGAACAGAUCAGACAAGAGACUCUCUCUGAUCCACUGCUCAGCUCUGGCCUACAUGCUGCAGAUGUCAGAGGAGGUUCUGGAUGAGUUGGACCUGAAGAAAUACAACACAUCCAAGGAAGGACGACAGAGACUGAUUCCAGCGGUGAGGAACUGCAGAAAGGCUGAGUUGAGUUGGUGCAGUUUGUCAGAGAUCAGCUGUGCUUCUCUGGCCUCAGCUCUGAAGUCCAACCCCUCCCAUCUGACAGAUCUGGACCUGAGUAACAACAACCUGCAGGAUUCAGGAGUGAAGCUGCUGUCUGCUGGACUGGAAAGUCCAAACUGUAGGGUGAAGACUCUGAGGGUUUGGGGCUGCAGGUUGUCAGAGAUCAGCUGUGCUUCUCUGGCCUCAGCUCUGAAGUCCAACCCCUCCCAUCUGACAGAUCUGGACCUCAGUGACAACGAGCUGCAGGAUUCAGGAGUGAAGCUGCUGUCUGCUGGACUGGAGAGCCCACUCUGUAAAAUGGAGACUCUGAGAUUGACGUACUGCAGGUUGUCAGAGAUCGGCUGUGCUUCUCUGGCCUCAGCUCUGAAGUCCAACCCCUCCCAUCUGAGAGAGCUAGACCUGAGCUGCAACAACCUGCAGGAUUCAGGAAUGAAGUCACUGUGUGAUUUUCUGGAGAGUCCAGACUGUAGACUGGAGACUCUGAGGUUGUGGGAAUGCAGUUUGUCAGAGAUCAGCUGUGCUUGUCUGGCCUCAGCUCUGAAGUCCAACCCCUCCCAUCUGACAGAACUGGACCUGAGAGGAAACAAGCUGCAGGAUUCAGGAGUGAAGCUGCUGUCUGCUGGACUGGAGAGUCCAGACUGUAGACUGAAGAUUCUGAGUUUGAGGGACUGCAGUUUGUCAGAGAUCAGCUGUGCUUCUCUGGCCUCAGCUCUGAAGUCCAACCCCUCCCACCUGACAGAACUGGACCUGAGAGACAACACUGAGCUGCAGGAUUCAGGAGUGAAGUCGCUGUGUGAUUUUCUGGAGAAUCCAGACUGUAGACUGGAGUCUCUGAGUUUGAGGGACUGCAGUUUGUCAGAGAUCAGCUGUGCUUCUCUGGCCUCAGCUCUGAAGUCCAACCCCUCCCAUCUGAGAGAGCUGGAGCUGAGCUACAACAAGCUGCAGGAUUCAGGAGUGAAGUCGCUGUCUGCUGGACUGGAGAGUCCAAACUGUAGACUGGAGUCUCUGGGGUUGAAUUGGUGCGAUUUGUCAGAGAUCAGCUGUGCUUCUCUGGCCUCAGCUCUGAAGUCCAACCCCUCCCAUCUGAAAGACCUCCAGCUGAGUGGAAACGACCUGCAGGAUUCAGGACUGGAGCUGCUGUCUGACUUUGUAGAUGAGAUUUUAAAAUAGGUGAAAAUCAUACACUUGCUUUCUUUCCAAUAUAACAAUAAUAUGUAUAGUAAUGAAACAGUAUGAGAAGAUCAUAUAGCCACAUUGUGUAGUGAAAUGGGAUAAUCACACAACGUUAGAUUAACACCAAAAGAGACAUUUAGAAAUGGUGAAAAAUAUCAGAACCCACAAACUGCAAGAGUCCCAGUCACUCAAAGUCAAUGUUGUGAUGAGGAAGGUUUGUAUCAACAAGGAGCGACCUGCAACGUCACCACUCCAACGGACAAGAAGAAAGCAGUCCUUGACAAACAACCACAUCACAAACUGAGAAUAGUCCACAAGGGAAGUUUAUUGUCCAGCAGAGAAGACUCGUGACAUUGAACGCAGCAUUCACCUGCCAGCACACACUCAUCUCCCUUCAUCACUAGUGUUUGGCCUGUGAGGACCGUCUGUCGCCUUCGUUAUACAGUAUUUUCAAUUAAUAGCAAACACAAUGCAGAGCAGCAUUCAAAAAUAAUAGAAGUAAUGGUAAACAUUCAGACUUUGUGUGGGUGGCUGUUAUGGUGGACUUUGAGGUUUUGAAGGGUUUUGUGACGUAAGCUCCAGUUUGUCAGAUUCUUCUACUGCUUUGUGUUGCUGGGAGAGAGCGAGGCUGAGAGGUUUUUCUGUACUUGCUGUACUUGUAAUUUUUUAUAAUCUGAUGAAUAAAACCAGGUAUUGUUUGGA